AUGGACGAAGGUGACGUUAAAAUGCAUGAUAUAGUUUUAUUGGAUAACGAUGAUCAAGAAAAUUCAAUAAGCAACAACAACAAAAAAAAAAGAAGCACUAUCACAGCUACAAAACUCUAUAAAGAUCGAAUGAAUGGAGUUGCACAGAAGAAACCGAUUCGACCUUCAAUUUCUCCAGUUACACCAUCUAAUACACCAUAUGUUUCGCAAACAUGGAAGGAAUAUUAUGAGCAAAUUAUGAAAAAUAAGGAACAAACAAAGAUCGAUUUGGAAUGGAUUGACUUAUCUAGUAGACUUCAACAGACAUAUACUAUAUAUAUACAAGAGAAGAGUAAAACAUAUGUAUUUGAAAGUGAAAGAAAUAAGGCUAUUAUUAAUCUUUUAAAAGAAUCUAUUCCUGAAGAUCAUAAUUCGGAAAAAAUGCGUUGGAAAAGGGUUUAUGAUUUACUUUUAUCAUUAGUAGUUAGUGGUGAUAAAUUAAAAAUUCCUUUUGAGUUGUAUCACAAAAUGCUAAGAGAAUUGAAUAUGACUAUUAAUUAUCUACAGUCCGUAGAUAAAGAUGAAUUUGAGGACCUUAAAAAAUUUUUUUUGGACAAUUGUAGCAAAAUGAAAGAUUAUGUUUCGCAUGAUAUUUUAUCAAAGAAUCAAGGAGUAAGCAUGUUCCUUGGCUUAACUAUUCACACGGUGUUUGAUUAUGUUUCACAACAUCCAAUGUUUGAUUAUGUUUCACAACUUCAAGAUAUUUUUAUCAAAGAAUCAAGGAGUAAGCAUAUUCUUCGGCUUAUCUAUUUACACGGCGUCAGAUAA